AUGUUAAGAAAAACACUGCUGAACAGUGAAGCAUCCACCUAUUACACCUUAAUUGGUAAUACUUCUAUAAAGAGAUAUUUUCAUACCACUAGAACGGUCUAUAACAGUUUAUCAUCCACUAAAACUUCAAAUAAUGGUCCUACGGGUGUAGUCUUUAUGAAUAUGGGUGGACCUUCGACUAUUGAAGAGACUCAUGAUUUUCUUUAUCAAUUGUUUGCAGAUUAUGAUUUAAUACCUAUUUCUAAGAAAUAUCAAGAUAGAAUAGCCAAGGUGGUUGCACAUUUUAGAACACCCAAAAUAGAACAACAGUAUCGCGAAAUCGGUGGUGGCUCUCCGAUUUUGAAAUGGUCCAAUUAUCAGGCAAAAGAAGUAUGUAAAAUUCUUGACCUUCAAAACCCACAAACUGCACCUCAUAAACCUUAUGUCGCUUUUCGUUAUGCGAAUCCUUUGACAGAUAUUACUUAUCAACAAAUGUUGGAUGAUGGGGUUAAAAGAGCUGUUGCAUUUUCACAAUAUCCACAAUUCUCGUAUUCUACAACAGGUUCAUCAUUAAAUGAAUUAUGGAGAUCAAUAAAGAAAUUGGACCCCAAUAGAUCUAUUGUUUGGUCUACUAUUGAUAGAUGGCCCACAAAUCAAGGGCUAACAGAUGCAUUUGCUACAAACAUUAGAGCUAAAUUGAAUGAAUUCCCCGUUGAAAAAAGAGAUAAAGCAAUUAUCUUAUUCUCUGCGCAUUCUUUACCUAUGGAUGUGGUAAAUCAAGGUGAUGCAUAUCCACAAGAAGUUUCUGCGACGGUGCAAAAAGUAAUGGAAACUUUAAAUUUUUCCAAUCCAUAUAGAUUGGUUUGGCAAUCACAAGUAGGUCCAAAACCUUGGUUAGGACCUCAAACUUCUGAUAUUUGUGAACAAUUAGCUUCUGAAGAUCAGCCACUUUUAUUUGUCCCAAUUGCAUUCACUUCAGAUCAUAUCGAAACUUUACAUGAAGUAGACAUUAGAAUGAUAGGUGCCUCUCCAUUUAAAGAAAAUUUGAAGAGAUGUGAAUCAUUAAAUGGUUCCAAGAUUUUUAUUGAUUCGAUUGCUCAAUUAGUGAAAGGCCAUUUAAAUAAUUCAAAUACAAAUUUAAAAAAUCCUAAAAAUCUAUUUUCUAAUCAAUUGAGAUUAGAUUUUAGAAUGGGUGAUUCAUUUGAUGGUAUUAAUGAUCCUUUAGACGUAUUUGGUGAUCAUUCUAAACAUUGA